AUGACAAAUGACUUCAGCGACGCCGUAAACAACGCGUCGGCCGCUCAAAGUCCCGCCGCCGCCGUCGACGACAUUAUCACCGACGUGUGGUGUGUUGGAGACAAGUGUAAGGCGCCAUGUUCGGUCGACGGUGGACUCCACUCGGCAGUCGUCAGGUCGAUAAACGCGCGCGGGACGCGCAAAACCGUCACCGUACACUACAAGGGGUACUCGUCCGAAGACAAUGAGACUGUGUGCAUCACAGAGUUACGUAAGCUUCGACCACAAACCGGGCCGGUAACACCAACUCGACCCGAAGCAGGCGAGAGCAGCAGGUGCGAACAACAAACGUCAGCGGUGAUGUUCAGUCCACUAAAAGGGAACGAAGAACAAAGCAGACUCUGGGAGAAAUAUUCCGCCUUGGAAAGAGAAUGGGAAUCGGAAACACGGCACCAGUCGAGGGAAGAUUCCCAGAUGCUUUCCAAGGAAGUGGGGAGGAGUAGAGCUAAGAUUCUCGGCAGCUCUCCAGGGAGACGGAAAACGGGUUCUCCUCGCGCCAAUCAGAAGUCGAGCGGCUGCAAGCGACGACCCAGAAGUAAACCCCAGACAGAAGCGUCCGCCACCGACGCUAGAGCGGAUGCUCUGAGUCGUGGUCGAGCCUCCGGCCGCGAGUCGGGCAGCGAAUCACCGCUUAGAUCAGCAGGAUCCGGCGACGAUCGAGAGAUCUCGCGCGUCGAUACUCCCGGCGGGCGUGAUAGGCGCGUAGAGGAGGGAGCGAGAGCGCACGCACGCGUGGUUGAUUCAGACGGUGAUCGCAGUCCUGGAAUGAAGGUCGAGGGAAGGUCAGAUGAUCCAGCUGGCAGCAAGGCAGAUGACAGUGCUGGCGGCAAGGCAGAUGAUAGAACUGGCAGCAAAGCAUGUCACAGUGCAACUUGUGGGAAUCAAGGUUUCUCUGUUGACGAAAUGGAACGUCCCAGCUUCAGUUACCCGGCUCCUCAUCCCAAGGUGCCGCAUAGACUGUCCCCGGACGGAGAGUUACCUGUGGUGGAGAUACCGGCGCCGAUCAACCAACAUCUGCGCGAUUAUCAACGCGAAGGAGUCGAGUUCCUCUAUCGACAUUACAGGAGCGUCAGUGGCGCCAUCUUGGGAGACGACAUGGGUCUCGGAAAAACAGUGCAGGUGCGGCGGCGGAGGCUAGACGUGGUCAUGACGACGUUCGAGACGUUUCGUCUGAAUGUGGACGAACUGAACGAGUUUGACUGGACGGCGGUCAUCGUAGACGAAGUCCAUCGCAUCAAGGUAACGAUCUCAGAGCGCCAUCUGGCGGGCGACGAUCCCGCCAUCGGUGAGAUCAGCGACUACGACAGCCCACCACCAGGUAGCGCUCCCAAGCAGCGAGCGGACGCGGGAUCGGCCCGCGGCAGCGGUGGCGCGGCGACGGAGCAAAGAAGGAAGAGGCGGCGUGUGAGGAUGCGGGAUGACGCCGUCGCCGCGGUUACGCGGAGGGAUGCUGCGGAUGCACGUGAUGAGGAUGCUUCGUACCAGGACGUCGGGGACGUGUUUGGUAGGUUCGCGCGAGAAAAUCCAGAAUACAUUCAGAUACAUAAGUAA